AGUUCCUCUAAUCCAGGGGUCACCAAACUUUUGAAACAAAGGGCCAGUUUACUGCCCAUUAGGGGGGCCAGACUGUGGUCAGUGGGAGAAAAAAAUGCCCUGGCAUUGAUGGGAGUGAACAAAACCAUAGGCUUGGUAGUCAGUGAGAAGGAAAAAAAAUACAUAAUUGGUAUCAGUGGGAGGAAUAGUGCCCCAUCAUUGGUAUCAGUGGGAGGAAUAUGCCCCAUCAUUGGUGUCAGUGGGAGGAAUAGUGCCCCAUCAUUGGUGUCAGUGGGAGGAAUAGUGCCCCAUCAUUGGUAUCAGUGGGAGGAAUAGAAUGGAGAAUAGUGCCCCCAUCAUUGGUAUCAGUGGGAGGAAUAGUGCCCCAUCAUUGGUAUCAGUGGGAGGAAUAGUGCCCCAUCAUUGGUGUCAGUGGGAGGAAUAGUGCCCCAUCAUUGGUGUCAGUGGGAGGAAUAGUGCCCCAUCAUUGGUGAAUCAGUGGGAGGAAUAGUGCCCCAUCAUUGGUGUCAGUGGGAGGAAUAGUGCCCCAUCAUCAUUGGUGUCAGUGGGAGGUGCCCCAUCAUUGGUAUCAGUGGGAGAAUAGUGCCCCAUCAUUGGUGUCAGUGGGGAAUAAGUGCCCCAUCAUUGGUGUCAGUGG